GGGGCGGGACCUGAGGCCGAGAGCGGUUCGCGCGCUUCGGGCCUAGUCGGGACUCGCCGCCGCCGCCGCCAUAUUCCCGUGGCACCUUUCUUUCUUCUUCUAUUCUCCGGGCUCAAGCUCUCCCUUCCGGAGCCAUGUCAGAAGGGGUGGACUUGAUUGAUAUAUACGCGGACGAGGAGUUCAACCAGGACCCAGAGUUCAACAAUACAGAUCAGAUCGACCUGUAUGAUGAUGUGCUGACGGCCACCUCCCAGCCCUCAGAUGACAGAAGCAGCAGCACUGAGCCACCACCUCCUGUUCGCCAGGAGCCAUCUCCCAAGCCCAACAACAAGACCCCUGCAAUUCUGUACACAUACAGUGGCCUGCGUAAUAGACGAGCUGCUGUCUAUGUGGGCAGCUUCUCCUGGUGGACUACAGACCAGCAGCUGAUCCAGGUUAUUCGCUCUGUAGGAGUCUAUGAUGUGGUGGAGUUGAAAUUUGCAGAGAAUCGAGCAAAUGGCCAGUCCAAAGGGUAUGCUGAGGUGGUAGUAGCCUCUGAAAACUCUGUCCACAAAUUGUUGGAACUUCUGCCAGGAAAAGUUCUUAAUGGUGAAAAAGUGGACGUGAGGCCAGCCACCCGGCAAAACCUGUCACAGUUUGAAGCACAGGCUCGGAAACGUGAGUGCGUCCGAGUCCCAAGAGGGGGAAUACCUCCACGGGCCCACUCCCGAGAUUCUAGUGAUUCUGCUGAUGGACGGGCCACACCCUCUGAGAACCUCGUACCCUCGUCUGCCCGUGUGGAUAAGCCCCCCAGUGUGCUGCCCUACUUCAAUCGCCCUCCUUCAGCCCUCCCCCUGAUGGGUCUGCCCCCACCCCCAAUUCCACCUCCACCACCUCUCUCCUCAAGCUUCGGGGUCCCACCUCCUCCUCCUGGCAUCCACUACCAGCAUCUUAUGCCCCCCCCUCCUCGAUUACCUCCUCAUCUGACUGUACCCCCCCCUGGGGCCAUCCCACCUGCCCUUCACCUCAAUCCAGCCUUCUUCCCUCCGCCAAAUGCCUCUGUGGGGCCUCCACCAGAUACUUACAUGAAGGCCUCUGCACCCUAUAACCACCAUGGCAGCAGAGAUUCAGGCCCUCCAUCCUCUACGGUGAGUGAAGCAGAAUUUGAGGAGAUUAUGAAGCGAAACAGAGCAAUUUCCAGCAGUGCCAUUUCCAAAGCGGUAUCUGGAGCCAGUGCAGGGGAUUACAGUGAUGCAAUUGAGACACUGCUCACAGCCAUUGCUGUUAUCAAACAGUCCCGGGUCGCCAAUGAUGAGCGUUGCCGUGUCCUCAUCUCCUCUCUUAAGGACUGUCUUCAUGGCAUUGAAGCCAAGUCCUACAGUGUAGGUGCCAGUGGGAGCUCUUCCAGGAAAAGACACCGGUCCCGGGAGAGGUCACCUAGCCGGUCCCGGGAGAGCAGCAGGAGGCACCGGGACCUGCUCCAUAAUGAAGAUCGGCAUGAUGACUAUUUCCAAGAGAGGAGCCGGGAGCAUGAGCGACACCGUGAUAGAGAACGGGACCGGCACCACUGAGAAAGGAGUCUGGUUGGAAGCAAAUGUUUUUUUAAAUGGACUUACAUCUCCUCACCUUGAUCAGGACUAAAGGACGGAGGCCGCUCCACCCUUUCCCCUUCUUCAAGCCCCUAACUCCCUCCAGACACCCAGGGAAUACCCUCUGCCCCACAGGAUUGAAGAUUGCUUGGCAGCCCUCCCAACCCCACACCUCCUGUUUGCCAGGGGAAAGAACUUAAAGACUUUGUGUGCCUGGGAGGGAUGGCAGACAGGAAGAAAACAACAUGGCCAGGCCCCUGGUCUCCAUAGGGAACGGUGCUUUGUCCAAGGAAAUGUAGUUUCUGAUUCUCCAGGAACAGUUCAGUGGUGAGGCUGAUAGGAAGACUACCUUCCCAGAGAAAAUGGAUCCUCCAAGUGGGGUCUUGGAGAGUGACUGGGUGUGCCAAAAUAUGCCCAGGGCCCUGCCCUCAGCACUAGUGUUGAUGGGGCCAAGAGGGUCCAGGUCCCUUGCUAACAUACCACUUCUUUGUUUGACUCUUUUAUCUUCCCAGCCCUUUGAGGGACCAUGAGAACAGAAAUUACCUUAUGAGAAGCUAUUUUUGUUCUUGCUUUUCCCUCUCAUAUGUUGAUGGUUUAUCUCCCUGACCUCCCCAAGGGCUGAGCUCUUUCACCUCCCUGCUGCCCAGCCUCCUCCAUGGACUUGUCCUUUCGAAGCAGAGAAGGCCUGUGAGGUGGCUUUCUGCUGGGGAGCCUGGCAGAGCCGUUAACACUCUGUUGCUUAGUGUUUGGUUGCCUCUGCUACUGGGUGUCCCCUUUCUUGGGGCUUUUCCAUUUCAUAUGUGGAGCCCUUAUCCCAAAAAGGCUGCUUCCUUGUUUUAGAGGAAGGUACUGCCACUAGGAGAUGGGAACAUUAGGACCUCCGCAGUGAAGAACCUGUAUGAUAAUAUUAAGAGUGGAGAAGGAGGUGAGUUGGGCAGGAUUUGGCUUACUUCCAUAGGCUUUUCUUUUUCAGGUUUGAGGUAAGCAUGGGUUUGCAUCCCCUGGGUACGUACCUUUACUUAUUGUGGGAUAACCUGGCACUAAGAAGCAAGUAAAGUCACAGAUUUGGUGUCUGUCCGUCCACCUUUUGACUUAAUAGCUCCCCUUGUUCUGCCUGGUGGUACUUCCUGCUUCUGAUAAGGAGCAAGGAAAAAGCGGAACCUGCCUUGAAUGAACUCACCUCUGAGUUCUAAGGACCACCACUCCAGGGCCAUUUUCUACACAGGCAAAUGGAAUUGCUUUUCCCUCAACAUCCAGAAUUGUGAUAUGCCUGCUACUGCAGGAGGUAGCAGCAACAGGGUCCUGCAGUACUCAUAGGGUGAUGCUACUUCUGCAUGCCUCCGAGGCCAUAUGACAUCUAACAUAAGGCAAGAGACACGGCUCGUGAGCUGCAGGGUCGCUGGAGAUCCUUGUGGCUCAGGAGAAAAUGAAUUUGAGCCCUUCCUCUGUUCCCAGCACAAUUCUGACAUAGCCCUCAGUCAGUCACUGAGGGAGGACCCCAGGGUUGGAGAGGUACAUUCCCUAGGACAGAGGCUGCAGGUGGUAGCUCUCUUUCCUGUUCCUCAGUCCCACCCCCACCUUGGAACACGGCACCCCGUCCCACUGGCCAGGUGUUAAGAUGUGCGUGUCCUCGGGAGCAGCUCGGGUGUCUUUUUAAAAUGUAGAGAAAACCAAGUAAGGUGACAGUUUAAGGAAAAAAUAUAUAGAAUACCAGAAAAGCUGUUUACCUGGAGAAUUUUUCUCCCCAUUUUUUUUUUGUUUGUUUGUUUGUUUUGUUUUUACUCAUGACACAAUUUUUAGUUUAUUUCCUGGUAGCAAAAGGAAAAAAAAACCCAACCCUCAAAAAAGCCAAGGCCCCGUUCCCCUGUUGUCGGUGAUUUGUCUUUCUGAUAGGUUGAAAAUUGUGUAAUAAACUUGAUGACGCUGUCAAUCUUUUAUACUGCAUUGUAUUUUUUUUUCCUUUUGUAACAAUAUUUUAAAACAAUAAAUGGGGUGUGAGCUAUUUUAUGGA